UAAGUCUGCACGUGCGCGACGGCGGGCUAACGGUGAGCCGCGGUGGCGGGUAGAGGGCCGAGGGCCCAGCAUGUGGGGCCAGGGACACUUUUCUAGAGCUUCUGAGGCGGAAAGUGUGAGUUUUUUGCUCAAUUUAAAAGUUACUUUUGGACCAGUAUUGGAGGAAGAAGUCUUGUUUUGAAGAUGUUUUGAUGCUUCUUAGUAUGUGUGAAAAAAAUUUCUUUAAGCAGUAACAAAAAUCAGAAGAAUAAAGUAUUGAAUUGUUUUAGUUUUCCAGGAAUUGUGCAAAUGGAUGAAGAUACACAUUACAAUAAAGUCGAAGAUGUGGUUGGAAGUCAUGUGGAAGAUGCAGUAACAUUUUGGGCCCAGAGUAUCAGUAGAAAUCAGGAUAUUAUGAAGAUUGGUUGCUCACUGUCUGAAGUUUGUCCCCAUGCCAAUUCAGUUUUUGGGAAUCUUGAUCCAAAGAAGAUUUAUGGUGGAUUAUUUUCUGAAGAUAAAUGCUGGUACAGAUGCAAAGUACUGAAAAUCAUCAGUGAUGAAAAGUGUCUAGUGAGAUACAUUGACUAUGGAAAUACUGAAAUUCUAAAUCGAUCUGAUAUAGUUGAGAUUCCUUUGGAUCUGCAAUUUUCUAGUGUUGCCAAAAAGUAUAGACUUUGGGGACUACAGAUUCCUUCUGGCCAAGAAGUUACCCAGUUUGAUCAGGGCAGAACCUUUUUGGGGAGCUUGAUUUUUGAAAAGGAAAUAAAAAUGAGAAUUAAAGCAACCUAUCAAGAUGGAACAGUUAUUGCUCAGGCUGAGUAUGGCAGUGUGGAUAUAGGGGAAGAGGUGGCUAAGAAAGGAUUUGCAGAAAAAUGCAAACUCACUUCCAGCACUAACAUCUCUGAGGAAAAAAAAUCAGAUCCGGGUCAGCUUGUCCUCAGGAACCUCAAAAGCCCUAUUCCCUUGUGGGGGCAUAGAUCAAGCCAGUCAGCCUUCAGCAGGCCAAAGGGGCGCUUGAGUGGGAGGCCGAUUCUUGACUUGAAGAAUGAAAAUGAUGCUGGAAAUCAUGUGACAUUUCCAAAGGAAAGUUUGGCUGUUGGUGACUUUAAUUUAGGGUCUAAUGUCAGCCUGGCAAAAAUUAAGCAGGACCAGAAACUGAUUGAAGAAAAUGAAAAGCUUAAAACAGAGAAAGAGGUUCUCCUUGAAAGUUAUAAGGCAUUAGAAUCAAAAGUAGAACAGACUGCCCAGGAGCUGCAGCAAGAGAAAGCAACUACCAUGGAUUUGACUAAACAUUUAGAAAGCACUCUGAAGACUUGUGUAGGUACCAGAAUGAAAAAUCUGGCAGCUAAGGUUGAAAUAUUGAAAGAAAUUAGACGUGUCAACAUCAAUGUUCGUUUUGGAAAUGACCUUUCAGAUGCUAUACAGAUGUUGGAUGAAGAGUGCUUUACUACUCCAACUUCUUUGAAUGAAUUAGAGAUAAUUUGGGCAGAAUACAAGCUGGCUCAGGAGAAGAUUCAAACUUGUCAAAAUGUGAAUGAAGGGAAUAUUUUGAUUGCCAAAAGAAAUGAAGUGCAACAGAAGCUGUGCAUGGCAAUAGAAGUUUUUAUUCUGGAAGUAGAUGAGUUACCUCUUAAUAAACGCUUGAAAACAUUGCAGGAUUUGUCAGCCUCUUUAGGAGCAGUAUAUGGACAGGCCAAAGAAGGGACAAACUCUGAAGAAAUACUUAAGAAAUUUUUUGAAUGGAAGUGUGAUAAAAGUGAGGAGUUCACCAGUGUUAGAAGUGAAACAGAGGUUUCUCUGCAACGUCUUGUAGCAUGGUUCCAGAGCACCUUAAAGGCUUUUGAUCUGUCUGCGGAAGAAGCACUGACUUCUGAAGACACAGUUGGUAAUAUUGAUGAAAUCCUAGAGAAGACUGAGUCAAGUGUCUGCAAAGAACUAGAGAUAUCUCUUAUUGAGCAAGGUGAUGCAGACAAGGAGAUCAUUUUAAAUACGUAUAGUCAAGUACUACAAAAAAUCCAUUCAGAGGAAAGGCUCAUUGCCACAGUACAAUCCAAGUACGAGGAGAGUAUUGAGUUUAAGAAGCAGAUUAUUGAAUGUUUAAAUAAGAGCCCCAGUGUGGAUCACUUGCUCUUCAUUAAAAAGACACUGAAAAGCUUAAAAGCUCGACUGAGAUGGAAAUUGGUUGAGAAGAAUAAUUUGGAAGAAUCUGAUGACCAUGAUGGAUCUGAAAUUGAGAAAAUGAAACAAGAAAUAACUCAAUUGCGCAAUAGUGUUUUUCAGGAAAUUUAUCAUGAGCAGGAGGAAUAUGAGAAGCUGAAUAACUUGGUACAGAAAUGGUUCCCUGAGCUGCCUCUGCUUCAUCCUGAAAUAGGAUUACUUCAGUACAUGAACUCUGAUGGUCUUCUUACUAUGAGCUUGGAGCGGGAUAUUCUUGAUGCUGAGCCCAUGAAGGAACUUAGCAGCAAGCGUCCUUUGGUAUGUUCUGAGGUUAAUGGGCAGAUAAUUCUUUUAAAGGGCUAUUCUGUGGAUGUUGACACAGAAGCCAGGGUGAUUCAGAGAGCAGCCGCCUAUCACAGAGCUUGGAGAGAAGCUAAAGAAGAGUCUGGGUUACUACCAUUGAUGUUCCUAUUUUUGUGUAAGUCUGAUCCUCUGGCUUAUCUGAUGGUCCCAUACUAUCCUAGGGCAAACCUGAGUGCUAUUCAAGUCAGUAUGCCUUUAACUUCAGAAGAAGCUUUAAAGGUCAUGAAAGGUGUUGCCCAGGGCCUGCAUACAUUGCACAAGGCUGAGAUAAUUCAUGGAUCACUUCAUCAGAACAAUGUAUUUGCUUUAAACCGUGAACAAGGGAUUGUCGGAGAUUUUGACUUCACCAAAUCUGUGAGUCAGCGAGCCUCAGUGAACAUGAUGGUUGGUGACUUGAGUUUGGUAUCACCUGAAUUGAAAAUGGGAAAACCUGCUUCUCCAAGUUCUGACUUGUAUGCUUAUGGCUGCCUUUUAUUGUGGCUCUCUGUUAAAAAUCAGGAAUUUGAGACAAAUGAAGAUGGAAUCCCCAAAGUGGAUCAGUUUCAUUUGGAUGAUAAUGUCAAAUCCCUCCUCUGUAGCUUGAUCUGUUGUAGAAAUUCAAUGACUGCUGAGCAAGUUUUGAAUGCUGAAUGUUUCUUGCUACCAAAAGGGAAAUCAAAUCCAAACCCAGAAAAACAUACUGAAUAUACUCAAUAUAAAGAGGAAGAAGAAUUAAAGAUGAAGAACUUGGAUAAAUAUAAGGAAAAGACCAUAAAUGGUGAAACCAACUUCGAUUGACAGAUUAAUAUUAUUUUGUUGUUGCAGAUUUUGCUUUUCAAAACUUUGUUUUGUUUAGUUAAAUAAACAGAAAAAAAAUCUGGAAGUUUUCUGGAGCUAGUUGGGUUGUCUUUGGUAUUCUAGUUGUGAAAAAUAAAAGAUGUUUGGCUAUGCAAAAAA